AACAAAUAUGCCGCAAAAAAGCCGCUUCGUCUUCUUCUUCUUCACCACUCCAACCAGUCACAGUCCCAGUCAUACGUCACUCGCCAGCUCUCUCUCCACCGCCUCUUGCUCCUCCUCCGGAUCAAACAUUCCACCUCUCCGUCAAACCCAUCUCGAGGGUCUAACUCUAACAUGGAUGAUCACACUCACAUCGAAAAGUCACAACCUUUGAGCAGAAAGAGAUCGAGAAGACCCAAAAGGCUAGACUUUGUCGGGUGGGGCUCGAAGAAUCUGAUCCAUUUUUUAAAAUCACUCGGUAGAGACACCACCGACAAGAUCUCUGAGUACGAUGUUACAUUCAUCGUGAGAAAGUACAUUCGUGAGGAGCUAACACAUCCUUUGCAUAAGAAGAAGAUAAAGAUAGUAACUUGCGAUGUGAAGCUGCGUUUGCUUUUCGGGUGUCAGAAGAUAAACGUGGCGAAGCUGCCUGACUUGGUGGCUAAGCAUUACGUUGAGAAUCAGGACGGGGAAGAGUUUGAUUAUCUUUACAGCUCUGAGGAGGAGGAGGAGGAUGAUAAGAAGGGGAGGUUGUGUUUAUCGGAUAAGGAGGUUGUGGAGAAGAAGCGUAAAGGGAGUGUUGCUGCUAUAGUGAGGGAUAACGUUAAGCUUUUGUAUUUGAGGAAGAGUUUGGUCGAGGAGCUAGCGAAGACGUGUGAGACGUUUGAGGGUAAAGUUGUGGGGAGUUUCGUGAGGAUCAAGAAUCCUUGUCAGCUUGUUCACGUGACAGGUGUGAAGGAGUGGAAUCCGAUUGAUGGUUACUUUCUUCAGGUUACAAACUAUUGUUAUUAUCUAAAGGAUGUUGCUUCCUCUGCACUAUCAGAUGAUGAUUUCACUCAGGAGGAAUGUGAAGAGUUGCAUCAGAGAAUGAAGAAUGGCUCUGUGAAGAGACUUACAGUUGUGGAUAUGGAAGAAAAAGUUAGAACUUUGCAUGAAGAUGUGACAAAACAUUGGAUAGCAAGAGAACUUGAGUUGCUGCGAAGGAAAAUUAAUCAGGCCAGUGAAAAGGGAUGGAAAAGAGAACUAUCUCAGUAUCUGGAUAGGAGGGAGCUUCUUAGCAAUCCGGAGGAAAAGUCGAGGCUAUUGCUUGAAGUUCCAGAAGUUAUUGCAGAAGAACCUGAACCUGAACGUGUAGAUGUUGAUGUGGACAUCGAGGAUGACUUCAUGGAACCAAACCAUGCGGCAUCCAUUGAGCCUCAUUAUGACGAAAAACAGGAACUAAAAGAUUCACCGGAAGCUGUUGCAGAAGAAUGUGUAGAUGUUGAUGUGAAGGUGGAAGAUCACUCCAUUGAAACUCCCAAGCUCCGUGAUGAAGAAGACCAACCACCAUGGGCUGCUUCUGCAGGUGACAAAGAUCUCAUUGAAGAAGACGUCAUCAUCACAAAGAACAACAAGGACUCUAUCUAUGACCAACCUCAAACUCAACCAAACUCAAUAGAGAUUAUUGAACUGAGCGAUGAGGAUGAUGAAGAGGAAGCUAAUGACAAUGGAGUUUACAAGCAGUGUGAUCCAAAGAAGAAGAUGUGGUGCUAUGAAAUGCCUAAAGGAGAAACGCAUGGACCAUUCUCCCUAGCAGAUCUCAAAGAGUGGAGUGACCAAGAAUACUUUGUUGACAUUCCAGAUUUCAAAGUCUGGAAGACAGGAAACAGCAUCGAAUCUGCAGUGCUCCUCACCAAACUCCUAUCUCAUGUCAAAGCCUAAUCCCAACAGAAACUUAUGUUUAUUGAAAACAUGUUCUUGGAGUUGUUUGUUUAUUUCUGUUAAGUUGGGAGUAACUGAUAUUUUUUGAAAACCUAUGUGUUACAUGUUCAAAAUCUGAAGGUAGAAUAAAGAUUUAUUGAUAGAAUAACUGGAUUCUUGAUUCAAA